ACCUCCUCCAAUGUCACGACAAGCCUCUGUAUCUCGAAAAACAACUGAAACGACAAUUCAAGUCGACAUUGACCUCGAUUCACUCACAACACAAACAAUAAAUGUAUCUACAGGAAUUGGUUUCCUCGAUCAUAUGUAUACAGCUCUGGCAAAGCACAGCGGAAUGUCUUUGACCAUGAAGUGCGAAGGUGAUCUCUGGAUAGAUGACCAUCAUACUGCAGAAGAUUCUGCCAUCGCCCUCGGAAUGGCGUUCAAACAGGCUUUGGGUCAGAUCCGAGGCAUUCGGCGGUACGGGACUGGGUUCGCCCCCCUCGAUGAAGCUUUGUCCCGUGCGGUCAUCGACAUAUGUUCUCGGCCCUAUUGCGUUACAGACCUGGGACUCCGUCGAGAAAAAAUUGGCGAUCUCUCAACAGAAAUGAUCCCCCACAUCUUCUACUCCUUUGCAAUUGCAUCCGGAGUCACUUUGCACGUCGAUGUUCUGCGUGGAGAAAACGAUCAUCAUCGGUCUGAAUCCGCCUUCAAAGCUUUGGCUUUGGCCAUUCGACAAGCCAUAGAGCGGACAGGAGGCGAUGACGUUCCUAGUACGAAAGGAGUGCUUUAGAUUGGUGCUUAGUCCCAUCAAUUAUGGAAUGAUAUUGUUAUUCAAAAUCCAUUCUUUCGUAGAUAUACAACCAUUAUGUCUGUUUAUGACCAGAAGAUGCAUUGCUUCUC